AGACACCGAGUCCCGCCUUCUGAGAUGGGCGGGUAACCUAGCAACGCAGGGACCGCGGCGGUAACUGUGGCUAGGGAAACCUGGAGUGGUCAGAGCAGGAUGGCCAGAGACAAUAAAAGCAUGAGACCCAAGUAGUCUACUGAAGUCUCCAUCUCUGCGGAACUACAGAGGCACAGAGGGCUGCUCACAAGAUGGCUUUAGACAUUCUCACCAUGGCCCCUUUGUAUCAGGCCCCUGCUAUCAACAGAAUAGGGCCAAAGGCAGACCCAUCUAAAAGGCCAGCUGACCCACUAAAACCCUUGGUUCUCUCUAGGACCAAACUCACCACUAUUGAGGCCAAAAGGAUCAUGUCCAUCCUGGAUGAGGCGAUCUACAAGGUGGAGCUGGUGACCUUGCUGUCGUAUGUGGCAUCCAACAGAGAGGAUAUGGAGGGGAUGCUGGGGGAGGACAUCAUGAGGGCAGUGAGAGAGCAUGAGGAUCUCUGCCAGGUCCUCCUUGAAAAUGUCAGGUGCCUGAAAGAGAAAGGAAGGCAAUUGCAGGAGCAGGAAGAGGCUGAGGAGGAAGGGUGGCUCAGAGACCGCCUCCUUUCCAUAGAGCUGCAGAAAUCCAGCCUCUCACCACUUACGCAGCAGAUCAAAGACUCCACCAAGAAUGUCCUGAGACUCUUGCUCCACAACCCCCAGGCUGCUAGGCUCCUGCAGAUACAGACACAGGGUAGAAGUGCAGAAGCCCAGAAUUUUAUUGACAGCCUGAUAGAGCUCCGUGGUUUCCUGUUUGAAAAACUACUCACUAGUCCCAUGGAAGCGAGGGAUAAGGCCCAGUUCUUACAGGAUAUCAGUAGACAGAAUAGUAAUAACCAACAAAUCAUUGAUACUCUUGAAAAGGAAUUGGCGGAGAGAAUGAAGAACAGGAAUGCAGAGGUGGAAAAGGAGAACUUUGUGAUCCAAGAACUGAAAAACCACCUGCACCAGGUGCUCAAGUUCUCAGAGAACAGCCUCCUUCGCACUAAGCAGGAGGCUGAGAAGCAGCAGAAGGCCGAUUUCCGGGCAUCACAGGCCAGGGUGGCCAAGAUCCAGCAGGAGAUCCUGCAGCUGCAGUCACAGUUUUACAACCUGGUCAUGGAGAACUGGGAGGCAGAGCAGGCGCUGAGGAAGAAGAAAUAUAAAGUGGAAACGGAAAUCGAGAAGUGGAUCCAGAAAUAUGAUACAGAGAUGGGUGAGAAGCAGGAGGAGUUGGAGGAUCUGGAUGCUGUUCACAGGGAGGAGAAGAUCUCGCUGGAGGAGCUGAGGCAGAGGCACAAAGUGCUGGUGGGAGAGUUUGCGCAGAUCCAGGAAGAGCGGGAGAUUGACUCCAAGAAAAGGAUGGAGGCGGAGCAGGAGAUGGUGCGCAUGGUACGGGCGGCCACGCUCAUCCAGGCCCUAUGGAAGGGCUACCUGGUGCGCUCCCUGCUCAGAUCCAAGAAGAAGCAGAAGCGGGGCAAGGGCAAAGCGAAGGACAAGGAGAAGGGCAAGCAGAAAGGCAAGAAGAAGGGCAAGGGCAAGAAAUGAGCUCUCCACCCAGCCCGCGGCUGACCCUUAUCCUCCCAGAGACCAGGCCAGGAAGCCCCGGGAUGGAGAGCACUAAAUUCACGGCUUUCAUGAUGUUUUUAUUUAAUAAAUUAAAAAGUAUUUGAAGCCA